ACUGCCAGGACACCCGACUGCACGACGCUGCCUACGUGGGGGACCUGCCCACCCUCAAGAGCCUGCUGCAAGAGGAGAGCUUCCAAAGGUGAGGGGGCUUCGCACAGCCCGCCCUGCCCGCACGCCAGCGUUGGAGACCCCCACGGACAAGGCUGUGAGGCUCACAGAAUCUCAGAAUCCCAGAAUGGUAGGGUUGGAAGGGACCUCCAUCCCGACACUCUGCGAAAGCAGGUUCCCCUUGAUCAGGGGGCAGAGGAAUGUGUUCAGCUUGUGCCCAUUGCUUCUUGUCCUGUCGCUGGCCACCACAGAAAAAAGACUGGCCCCAUCCUCUCAACACCUACCCUUUAGCCGGAUCAAUGAGAAGUCAGUGUGGUGCUGCGGCUGGCUGCCCUGCACGCCACUGCGCAUCGCCGCCACUGCCGGCCACGGGCCCUGCGUUGAGUUCCUGCUCCGCAAAGGGGCCGAGAUCGACCUGGUGGAUGUGAAGGGACAGACUGCACUCUACGUGGCUGUGGUCAACGGGCAUCUUGAGUGUGCCAAGAUCCUCCUGAAAGCUGGGGCUGACCCCAAUGGCAGCCGGCACCACCGCAGCACCCCUGUCUACCAUGCGGCGCGCGUGGGCCGGGCAGACAUCCUCCAGGAGCUGAUCAGGUAUGGGGCAGAUGUGGAUGUGAAUCACCACCUCGCUUCCCGGGACCCCAGCCUCUCUCUGCGGCCCCUCACCACGCUGGUGGUCUGUCCGCUCUACAUCAGCGCUGCCUACCACAACCUCCAGUGCUUUCGACUGCUGCUCCAGGCUGGAGCCAAUCCAGAUUUUAACUGCUGCAGGCCCAUCAACUUCCAGGGCUUCUCCCGGGGCUCCCCAGUGUGUGUGAUGGAUGCUGUUCUGCGACAUGGCUGUGAAGCAGCGUUUGUCCACCUCUUGAUUGACUUUGGAGCCAAUCUAAACCUAGUGAAAGUGGAGGCCUUGGGCGUUGAAUCCAUGGGAAGGGUCAAAGUCAACCCUGAGGCUCUGGAGGUGUUCAAAGAAGCGAGGGGCCGGACCCGAAGCUUGUUGUCUCUCUGCCGCAUAGCUGUACGAGGAACACUUGGCAAAUCUCGUCUGGAUCUGAUCCAUAUCCUUCCAAUCCCAGACCCCAUUAAACAGUUUUUGCUUCACGAACACAGUUAAAGGGCAACUGGCUGCUUUCCAGGACAGUUUGAUUUGGUAAAUGAGUGUGCUGAUAAAGCCAACUGCCCAUCCUAACCCAUCCCCUACAGUGGGGGGGGAUGCUCAAGGAGUGUGCAUAAAUCCCUGCCCCUGUGAUUUUCCCUUCUAGAUUUAGGGUGCAGUGAUUUUGUGUGUCUAUUCUUAAGCUACCGAUUAGCUAACUGGUGAUCUCUUGUUUUGCAACUGGUUGGGCGAUGAGGUCGAUAAGUGCGUGUGGCUGUUACAUGAGCAAAUACAAUAUAUCCUAUAGCCAUUA